CGGCGGGAGUCACCUUUGCUUUACAAACGUUCAGACCCGCCCUCUGCUUACCUUGCUGCGUUAGGCCCCGCCCCCUGCCCGGACGGACCAAUAGCCAGGGGAGCCUGGAGCCACUGGGCGGGCCUGCAGCCAAUGCGCACGCCGUGGGCGGGCUCCGGGCCGGAAUUGGGGGUGAAGCUACAGCCUUGUGCCCACAUUCGGGGCGCGCGGAGCUGGGGGGUCCCUGGGGGACGCCCGGAGCUAAGAUGGCGUCUGUAGCUGAGGGGGACGUGGGGACGGUGGCGGAGCUGGCGAGGGUGCUGCGGUGGGGUUUCGAGGAGCUGAGCCUUAACAAGUUGGCGACGUCCCUGGGCGCGUCGGAACAGGCGCUGCGGCUCAUCAUCUCCAUCUUUAUGGGUUACCCCAUGGCUGUAUUUUAUCGGCGUUACCUUUACUUCAAGGACAGCUACCUCAUCCAUCUCUUCCACGCCUUUACAGGCCUCUCAAUUGCUUAUUUUAACUUUGGAAAUCAGCUCUACCACUCCCUGCUGUGUGUUGGACUUCAGUUCCUCAUCCUUCGACUGAUGGGCCGCACCGUCACUGCCGUCCUCACUACAUUUUGCUUCCAGAUGGCCUACCUUCUUGCCGGAUAUUAUUACACAGCCACUGGCAACUAUGAUAUCAAGUGGACAAUGCCACAUUGUGUCCUGACCUUGAAACUGAUUGGUCUGGCUGUUGACUACUUUGACGGAGGGAAGGAUCAGAAUUCCUUGUCCUCUGAGCAACAGAAAUAUGCCAUACGGGGUGUCCCUUCCCUGCUGGAAGUUGCUGGUUUCUCCUACUUCUAUGGGGCCUUCUUGGUAGGGCCCCAGUUCUCAAUGAACCACUACAUGAAGCUGGUGCAGGGACAGCUGACUGACAUACCAGGGAAGAUACCAAACAGCACCAUACCUGCUCUCAAGCGCCUGAGUCUGGGCCUUGUCUACCUAGUGGGCUACACUCUGCUUAGCCCCCACAUCACAGAAGACUAUCUCCUCACUGAAGACUAUGAAAACCACGAUUUCUGGUUCCGCUGCAUGUACAUGCUGCUCUGGGGCAAGUUCGUGCUGUACAAGUACGUCACCUGUUGGCUGGUCACAGAAGGAGUGUGCAUUUUGACAGGGCUGGGCUUCAAUGACUUUGACGAACACAGAAAGGCGAAGUGGGACGCCUGUGCCAACAUGAAGGUGUGGCUCUUUGAAACGACCCCCCGAUUCACCGGCACCAUCGCCUCUUUCAACAUCAACACCAAUGCCUGGGUGGCCCGUUACGUCUUCAAACGGCUCAAGUUCCUUGGAAAUAAAGAACUGUCCCAGGGACUGUCGCUGCUCUUCUUGGCCCUCUGGCACGGCCUCCACUCGGGAUACCUGGUCUGCUUCCAGAUGGAAUUCCUCAUUGUCAUCGUGGAGAGAAAGGCUGCCAGGCUAAUUCAGGAGAGCCCAACCCUGAGCAACCUGGCUUCCAUUACCAUCCUACAACCCUUCUACUACUUGGUGCAGCAGACCAUCCACUGGCUCUUCAUGGGUUACUCAAUGACUGCCUUCUGCCUCUUCACGUGGGACAAGUGGUUUAAGGUGUAUAAAUCCAUCUAUUUUCUUGGCCACGUCUUCUUCUUGAGCCUACUCUUCAUAUUGCCUUAUGUUCACAAAGUAAUGGUGCCAAGGAAAGAAAAGUUAAAGAAAGCGAAAUAAUCGAUUUCCCUGGUGGCCUAGCGCCGGGCUGGUGCAGAAACCACUUGUCUCCCUUUCCACAGCCCUCCUUCGCCUCAGAGCACAGAGAACAUGGAAACCAGGGAGUGGGAAGACAUGAUACUCCUAGCCGUGCCUCUGCUGCCAGCCAAGUCUUCAUCUGGGGCCAAAGGGGAAACUCUCGUGGGAGGAGUAGAGGGCCCGUGUCUCCCCUCUGGGCUCCCCCAUGCACGUUGCCUUAUCUCUCCCCCUCUAGCCAGGAAUCUGUUGUGUUUUUCUCCUGCCAAUUUACUAUGAUUGUAUAUGUGCCGCUACCACCACCCCCCCCAUGGGGGGGCGGGGUGGGGUACAAGGCCCCACCUGCUCCACUUUUUCUACCUUGGAACUGUACCAGAUAAAAUCACUUCUCUUUGUUCAGUUUUUCA